GAAGAUUUGGGGGAGGCUGUGGGAGAGGGGACAGAGACGCACAGGGCAAAGCGCAGGGCAGAAUGACACAGCUUACAUGUAUUUGUUGGUUGAGACCCGGGGAAAAGGCAGUGGACACGUGACGGCCCGAGGACCUCUCUGAGGGGCAGCUGAGCAGAGGGCUUCAGGUCUCCCGCUCAGGAGCUUUCUGAGGGGCUCCAAAGAGUGUUCGUGGCUGCAGAUACAAACGGCCCAGGUGUAGGGGCAGCUUGGUGUCACGGGGACACCAGAGAGACCACGGCCACGCCCCAUGAUCUCUAGACCCCUGUGGCUGCACUGUGGAGGGCAGACGGGUAUGACAUCCCUCUUCCCUGUCUGGAGCAUGACAAGCAGGCUCCAGGCCUGCCCCUGAGCCCGGGUCUCAAGGCCCCGUGGAGGGUCCCUGUGGCCUGGUGGGGGACGAGUCAGUCCAUCACGCGCUGAGCAGGGGGCCCUUGCUGAGCAGCGACCUGAGCCCCUUGCUGGGUGCCAAGCGCUAUCUUCCAGUGCCACAUGGCACUAGAGGUAUACUGUCACUGCCUCGGGGUGGCAGGUCUGAGCCUCCGUCCUCGGUAAAGUGGACUCCCUUCCUCGUGGAGGGAGCUUCGUUCGGGUGAGAGCUGGUCUGGGAAAGGUCCCUGCGGCUGCGGCCUCAGCUGCUACAGUGGCAGCGAGGGACCCGGCUGAGGGCCAGAGCCCCGCUUGGCUUGGGGAAGUGCUUUCAGGGGACGACGUCCAGGGGCAAAGGCCGGCCUGGGGCUUCAGGAGGUUGCAGGUCACCCAUAUCGGUGGGAGCCUUCUGUUGGCUGUGAGCCUCCUCUCCGGGUCUUGUGGGACCCCUCUGUCAGCUCAUCCGCAGGGCAUGCCUUUGGCCUUGGAGGCAAGGACACAUCUCUCCUGAGUCAGUGUCACGGUCUGGCCCUGCCUUUGUCACCUCUCAGAGCACCUUUUUUGGGGCUUCGUGCGCAUCUGGCCUGUGGUUGGGCUUGGGCCACCUUCGUGCAGCUCACAGCGGGCCCCUUGCCUUUGAAGUUUGGGGAGAAGUGGUUCGGGAGUUUGCUCCCUUUCCCCCUAGAAAGCCUCGGACUUGUUCACAUGAAUUGGUCCACCUGCUUCCUGGAGGCCUGCGCGGCCCCCCCGGUGGGCCUGGUUCCCGCUCCCCAGUGGCCGCAGGCGAGCUGCCGACCGCCAGCGCGUUUUCCGCGUGGAUCCGCCACGUAGGCUGUUGGGUCCAGGACCUGCAGCUGGAACGAGAGAUGGCGCUGGCCACCAACCGCAGCCUGGCUGAGCGGAACCUGGAGUUCCAAGGGCCCCUGGAGAUCAGCCGCUCAAACCUCUCAGACAAGUACCAGGAGCUCCGGAAGCUCGUGGAGCGGUGCCAGGAGCAGAAGGCGAAGCUGGAGAAAUUUUCUUCGGCGCUGAAGCCAGAGACCUUACUAGACCUUCUGCAGAUCGAAGGCAUGAAGAUCGAAGAAGAGUCUGAGGCCAUGGCUGAGAAGUUCCUGGAGGGCGAGGUGCCCUUGGAGACUUUCCUGGAGAACUUUUCCUCCAUGAGGAUGCUGUCCCACCUGCGCAGGGUGCGCGUGGAGAAGCUGCAGGAUGUGAUGAGGAAGCCCAGGGUUUCCCAGGAGCCGGCGGGUGAUGCCCCUCCUCCACGCCCGCCGCCCCCGCCUCGCCCAGCCCCCCCGGCCACACCCCCUGUGGCCGAAGAGCCGCCACUGUCGCUAGUGCCUCCCUACCCUUUGCCCUAUAGCCCGUCUCCCAGCAUGCCCGUGGGCCCCACGGCCCAAGGCGCGCUCCGGCCGGCCCCCUUCCCGGUCGUGUCCCAGCCCUCCUUCUCCUAUGGGGGGCCUCUAGGCCCCCCUUACCCGUCAGGCCAGCCGGGACCCCGGGCUGCAGCGGGCUACUCCUGGUCCCCACCAAGGGGCACACCUCCCCGGCCAGGCUACCCCAUGGCCCCCACUGGUGCCUCUGGCCCCGGGUACCCCUUGGCGGGGAGCCGGGCCCCCAGUCCUGGCUAUCCUCAACAGGCCCCCUACCUCUCGCCCGGAGGAAAACCUCCUUACCCGACACAGCCCCAGGUCCCGAUCUUCCCAGGCCAGCCCCAGCCCUCCGGCGCCCCCCAGCCACCCUACCCCCCUGGACCUGCUCCCCCCUAUGGGUUUCCCCCACCUCAGGGGCCUUCCUGGCCUGGGUAUUAGACCCAGAGUCGGCCCUCGGCCCUUCCCUACUUCCACGUGUACCACACCCUUUGGCCCGCCCACCAUUGAGAUUCAAGGUUAAAUUGGAAGUGGACUUGGGCUCUCCUUGUGGACCUGUGUCAGCACAUGGGAGCCUUGGGGGAGCCCGGUCGGGAGCGUGCAGGCCUGGAAAGGCACCGGGCAGCGGUGACAGCCCUGCCGGUCACAGCACUUGGUGGCCUCCUGGAGGAAGGGAGCGCCUCCUUUCAGUGACCGGCUUCAGCGUUUCUGGUGCUUGCCAGGCGGGGAGCUCGUUGCCUCCCCCACGGGUGUCCGUGUGAGUGAGCAGGUGCGUGUGCUCGCAGACGUACCCUUGUGCUUGCCUCAUGGACGCUGGAACCAAAUGCAGUGAUCUUAGUGACGUCUUAGGGGGUCUCUGGCCUCCGCUCACCCCCUCCCUCUCUCCUGGGAUCUGGCACAUUCACCCUGGUGCCUGCAGCGACAGUUGCAGCUCUGCAUCUGUCUGGUCCAUUCAGGGGUGGCCUGGAGCUAGAGUUGGAUCGGGGAGGGAACAGUGAGGAAAAACACUGAUUUUUAAAUCACAUAAAGCCAUAAUUGAACUCUGAUAGGCUGAUGUCAGAUAAGCUUGUCCUCGUUGGUUUGGACGAUGGCGGCAGAGCCAGAGUGGGGAGAAAGCCGGAGAGCGUGAAGGUGCACCCUGAAUCUGAGGCAGCCUUGGCCAGGGGCAGUUGGGGGUGCCCCGGACUCCUUUAGGAACGCAGCAGCCCUCUUCUCUGGAGCCCUCCACUUGCCGCUGAUUGUUGACGCCCACUCCAUCCAUCCUCUCCUUCUGCAGCAGCCCCCUCCCUCCAUCUGCUGCCUCUGGUGUAACUCCCCAGUCCUGCACCCCUCCUAGGAUGCACAUCCGAGGAUGCCCUGGCAGUGACUCCCCCAGUGGUGCUUUCUCAGCCACCGUCGCUAUGUCAGAGUCCGCUCCUUUGCUCCCCUCUCGUCUUCAGAAUGUAAAGGGCAGGGAUUGUGACUCGGCGCCACCUGCAGCCCCCAGCCCCCUAGGGAUGACAGGUGCGUUCAGUGAUAACAGAGACAGUAGACCACAGGGGCGUGGUGCACAGAGUUGUUACCUUGGUUGGUCGCAGAUGUGAUCCAGGUCUCCAGGGUGGACCCUGGAGCUGCUAUCAGCUAGGAAGUCAUAUGUGCCUUGAAAUGUCCACUACUUGAGUACCCAGCAUCUGGUGGGCCUGGGGUGCUGGGGGCCAACGAGGAAACUCGACCUUCCGGUGCCUGCCCCCCUCCCCGGCCCCCACGCACCAUCAUUGGGUGUUCGCGAUGAGAGGCGCCAUGCGCGCUGUUGGGUCCUUGCCAAUUGUGCUUGCUUCUCGUAAGUUAUUUAUCAAGAGAAAUCACUAAUGGACUCUACUGGUUCGAGUGCUUCUGAACUGGAUGACCGAUCGCCGGUGUGUUUGUAAAAUUAAUUGCCAUAAUAAACUUCGAUGGGUUACAAGUAG